AUGGGGAGUAAGCGCCUAUUGUGUGGCAACACCGAUGCAGGCUGGGCGCGUCCUGAAGCCCCGAGAGUUGCGUUAGUCCGCGCGAAGCGGCGCGGUGGCAAGCGCUCCGCAGUGUCCCGGCCGGCCGCCCUAAGGUAUAACGGGACAAACAGACAGAAAAUUAAAACAGCCCCUAGACAAUUUAGAAUUCCAAAUACGGAAAGCAAAAACAAAGCACGGAAAGCUCAAGCUGUAGAUUUAGAU